UGUUUUGUUUGUCAUUGUGCUAUCAUGGUUAGUGGGGAAGGGAAGGAGGGAACCAUAUUGGGAUAUAUUCAUAUAAUCACUCUAGAGCUAAACUGGCAUCCCAGGACAGCUUGAGAGGUGUGAGAAGGCACUACUCUCUGAUGUGACGUUGCUCUCGGCCUGUGAAAAGCAAACGUGUCUGCUUUGCUCUGCCAUCUUCCCCUGAAGAGUCAACUCAAGUCAAUCUUAAAAGACAACUCAAAAGAGAGAGAGAGACGGACGAAGAAGGGCCAACCGGAACGCUCAUAUCCCAGCCACACCGCGCAGUGUUUGUUUUUUGACACCAUGCGCUCACACCAUUUGACUUCAUUGAUGUUUUUCCUUCUAUGCGUAUGCAUGGCCAUCGCAGAGGAGCCAGACGAAGGCCAGGUGCAUUCCGCCAUGCCCUACUGGAACCUGUGGUCCUCAGACUUCUUCGGCUGGGUGGAGGAGCUCCGUGCUCAGGGUGCCUACGACCAGCUUAACGACCUGGCCAGAACCUUCUGGUCCCACUUCUCCACGGCCAACCAGCUGGGCUACGGCAGACCUGGCGCCGAUCCUCAGCCUGAAGAAUGAUCCGGAACUUCUGUUCCCUGCUGUUUUGAGAUUGUGUAUCACUGGAAUGUUGAUAUUUUCAGUAACUGAGCCCUGAUUUAAUGAAAUCCAUCAAAAGAUAAACAUGUCGACUGAUCAACGAUUUGAACGCAGAUUGUUUAGUUGCAUACGGGAAAUAAAUC